ACGCCGUUCCUUAGCAACCAGAGUUGGCGUUUCUCUGGAAGCGAACCUACGCACAACUGCAAGUCCGCGAAGUCCCAGGCGGCCAGCUUCGCUUGAGAUGCAGCUUGCUUUAUUGUUUUGAGUUCUUCUUACCUUACUUGUUCUGAAAACCCCUUCGAGUUUGGGGUCGCUUUCCAGAGCCAUGAACGUAGCGCUGGCCAAGGACCUGGAGCAGAACGCCAAGCUGGCCAAGAGGACACACGCGGAGCUGUGCAGGCAGCAGCGGGUCUUCAACGCCAGGAACCGGAUCAUCGGGGGAGACACACAAGCCUGGAAUAUUCAGGUUCAGGACCAGAAGAUAAAAGAAGCAACUGAAAAAGCUAGGCAUGAAACCUUUGCUGCCGAAUUGAGGCAAAAUGACAAGGUCAGCUGCAUACUAGAUGACCGGGAGAAGAGACAUAGGAAAUGUCUCUGCAGAGCCAUCAGUAACUUCCAACAGAACUAUCAGAAGCCAGAAACUCGCCGCGAGUUUGAUCUGUCUGACCCCCUCGCCCUUAAGAAAGAGCUUCCAGCCCGGCAGUCAGACAGUGAUGUCCGGAACACAAUAUCAGGGAUGCAGAAGUUUAUGGGCGAGGACCUAAACUUCUGGGAGAGGAAGAAAUUCCAGGAGGAACAGAUGAGAGAAUGGUCCUUACAACAGCACAGGGAAUGGGAGAGGGCCCAUGCUGACCAGAAGCUUGCAGAGGACCACUACACACAGACCAGGCUGAAGUUUGAUGAGACAGCCAGGCACCUGCAGAAGCUGGAAAGCGCCACCAGGAAGGCAGUUUGUGCGUCUGUGAAGGAGUUCAACAGGAUCCAGGCCGUGGAGUCAGCAGAAAGGAAAAAACAAGAGAAAAGACAAGAACAGGAGGACAAUGUGGCUGAGAUCUCCAACCAGCUGCGGGGAGACCUGCUCUCCGAAAACCCACGGCAGGCGGCCAGCUCCUUUGGGCCCCACCGCGUGGUUCCUGACCGCUGGAAGGGGAUGAGCCGGGAGCAGCUAGAGGGCAUCCGCCUGGCCCAGAAGCAGCAGAUCCAGGAGAAGCUGCGGCUCCAGGAGGAAGCGCGCCAGCGGGACCUGGACUGGGGCCGGCGUUGGGUCCAGAAGGCC